ACAAUGUCAGAUACUAUUUAUAAAUAUAUCGUAACGAAAACAACCAAUCAGAUUGCUAGAAUUGGACAAACUUGGGAUCAUGUCAGGACUUGCCAGAUCGACAAAAUAACAACGUGGUUUAAAUGCUAACAAGAUGACGACAUCAACUCAUACAUGUUCGGAUGAGGAAGUGAUGAGCGCCAGCAGGAAGGCCCUGGAGAGUGGAAGGAUCACGCCUCUACUGAAAGUGGAAUUGUGGGCGAAAAUUCAGUCGAGAAGACUGUCCGAGGGGAAAGAGGAGUUGCGAGUAGAUUUUGAAAAAAGUCCUCACAGUUCUAAUGAGUUAACCAAAGACGAACAAGAAAAAGCCAGGGGCAGGAGAGCUAGCAACAGGGUUGCAGCCAGAAAGUGCAGAGGAAAGAAAAAACAAGAGAGAGUCAAUCUUGAUCAGUUGAAGGACGAUUUGGGAGAAAGGAAUCAGCAACUAAGGUCGCAGGUUCAAGAACUAGAACAAGAAAAGAUCAGGCUUACCGAAAAACUUCUUGGAAACGUCGGUGUUUUCUCAAAUCACCUCGAAGAACCAAUACAAAUUCCUGCAAUUGGUCGAGAAAUGACAAUGAACACUGCUUGUAUAAUGACAGAAUUUAAUAACUGUGACGUAACAUCCGUAAAUAUGCUUGAAAUGCAAGUGCAACAAGAAACAUAUGAAGCAUUAGAAGUUGAGAUUAAAACAGAUAGUAAUGACACCAUAGAGUAUUCACGAGGAGGCGAACAGGAUGAUCACGGAGAUAUUGAAGAUUUGACCUACUUCAGGAGUUCGCAAGAGGUACCGACAGGUACUUGUUCCGACAUACAAAUGGAGGAACGAGCUCCAACGAACAACACAAGUCCGCUGCCAGAAUUUGAAGAUGGCGAAGCAUCUCUUGAUGACUGGAUGGGGACAAGUUACAUUAGUUUGGACAAAUAUAUUUUAUAAACUGUUGUACUGCCAGCUAGUGCAUUAGGAGGGUCUGGGUGGGUGGGGAAUGGUGGGGUCUUCAUUUCUGUAUUCUUUGUUUUUUAUGUCAGUUUUCUGUAUUCCUUGUUUUUUAUGUAAGUUUCUGUAUUCUUUAUGUGUUUGCCCUUUAUUUUCAAAUCUUUAUAUUUUCGUUCCCCAUCAUUCUUUGUUCUUUAUUUUUUUGGGGCCUAUUUUCUCUAUUCUUUAUUUUUGUGGUCCAACUUUCUGUCAAAUUUACACUAUUCACUAUUCUGUUAACCAAACCCAAACCCUUCAUUGUUAUCAUAUCAUGACGUUUUAGGGCAUUCCUUGGCCAUGUCGGCUACUUUGAACAAUUUGGAUUUUCAAUUGUUCCUUUUGUAUUUGUAUAUACUAUGAAUGAUAAAAAUGAUUACAAUGUAUACAUAUAUGUGUUCUUUAUUCUCAUGUUUAUUAAAAUGUAUGUGUACA